CUGGAAUCAUUCAACGCACGCCAUUGGAGCACAUCGGUCCUGCGGUCUUUUCGCUUGGGCAACAUCAUGUGCAAGUUCACCAACCGGCUGUUUGUCUUCGCCCUGCUGCUUGUGGCACUUGGAAGAAUUCUGGCCCAGCCCGUUGGUGGCAAGAUUAGGCCGGGGAAUUCGAGGAACGUGAUCAGCGACUUGCUGGACGUCUUAUACGACGACUAUUCCGAGAAUGGUUUCCAGCGCGAGGACAUUCUGUACGACCAGCGGCAAAAGGGUGGGGAGAACUACCAGUUCAAAGUGGAUGGGGUCGUCAUCGGAAUGGCGCCUCAAAUGAGCUCCAGCUUGCUCUACUCCAUGGCGGAGUCCUACUUGAAUCCAGAUUCAACUCAGAUGUACGAGAGGGAUCCUGAGACCGACACAGACUCUGGUUCCACCGAAGGCGUUACUAAGAUUCCUGAGCAAGCCCAGAUUGAUUUGGAAAGCAGACAACAUCAAAUUGUAGCUUCUCUAACUGGCAGCCGGUUAGUACAACACUAAUAUGUUAUUCUGCGUAGAAACUAAUUAAAAGUUGGUUUUUGCUCAGAUCUCCAACUCAACUGCUCCAGUUACUUAAGAUGCUUAAAAGUUCUAAGGCCUAAAAUGAUAUGACAAAAAAUUAGUUCUAAGUUAUUGGAAAUAAAUCAACUCCGUUGAUACCCUUAGUUGUGUUCCACUGAACAAUAUUUAAAA